CACAGGCGAAUUUAGAAAAUCAAUUAAGUUAUGAAAAAUACCAUUAAUUGCCUUUCUUUGUCACCGCAGCUCAUGAAGAAAUGGCGGAUCUCCAGACGUUGUACAUCUGAGGACAAACACUUCGCACCCAAUGGCGUAUAUCCCGACGACAAAGACCAUCUUUAUCGACAGGGAUAUUUACGUUUUUUAGAAAUAUUGAAGAAUAUCUUCCAGACGGAUGAGAAUGAGCUGAUGGUUGUGGAAGUCUGCAAGAAGACGCUGCAAAAAAGAGAGAGGCUGUCUGGAAGAUGCCAAGAAAAAAACAGCAGAAUCCACAGCCAGUCAAGUUGGAUUCUGAAGAUGGUGUAGCCAUUGAAGCUCCAGGAAACCUCACCUUAGACACAGACUUCCUUCUCGGACAAGACCUUGAGUUUGGUGAUCCGGAUCAUGAAAACAAGAUUCUAGGCCUGGAAAAGUUCUCAGAAGUAGCUGCUGAGAUCGGUUUCUCUGUGUAUCCUCUGGGUGAUGAGGAGAGCCCUGCCUACAGCCAGCUCAGCAUGGAAAGCGAAACAGAAAACUCGCACAGCACAACUGACAACGGUCGGGAAGACGAGGGCAGAGCAGCGCAGUCCGAGCCCAGUUUUCCUCCCUACCUGUCCUGCAGGGGUUGUGGACAGCUCCGCGAUGACCCUCUGGGACCUGGCAUAGACUUGGUUGGUCCGUACUGCCUUAGGUGCUGCAAAGCCUCACGGGAAGCCAAAAGUACGGACUUCUGUUCACCUUUUGGAGGCAUCAGCGGGAUUCGCUCAGGUUCCCAUUUGCAGCUCGAUGGUGAAGGGGUGGGAAACGGGAUGGGGGACAAAGUACUGACGGCUGAGGACAAAUUGGCCAAAUUGCACUCAUGCCACCUCUGCGGCUUCUCCUCGCGUUACGCCAACCAUGUGAAGCGUCACAUGAAGACUCACAAUGGGGAGAAGCCCUUUAACUGCCCCCUGUGCACUUACGCCUCAGCGCAGCUGGUGAACCUGCAGAGACACCUGCGCAUUCACACCGGGGAAAAACCUUACAAAUGUGACAUCUGCACUUUUGCCUGCAGUUCCCCCGGCAACCUCAAGAGGCAUCAGCGCAUGCAUGUUCCCUCUGCAGGGGCGGGACAGGACGCCCCCCCACGACCUACCAGUGGCCAAAACAGUCUUAAGGGGCACGUAACAGGACAACGACCCAAUGAAGAAGUGUCUGGUACUUCAGCCAAGGUUUCAGAAGUUGCGAGGCCGACUUCGAACCUGAGUUUGGGAGCCCAGAACAACGACUACCUAUCAGCCUUUGAUGGCUUGAAGGGGGCGUCACCACCACCCAUACCAGCCUCUAACCCGGCUCCUGGCCACCAGCCUCCGCCCCUGCUGGACUCCACAGGCAGCAGCGGCAGCAGGGCUACCAGAGAGGGCGUGGCAGAUGGCGCCGCCCUCCCCCCUUCGCUUUUUCCUUUUACCUGCCGGUUGUGUGGCAUCGUCCUGGAGGACGAGGACGGCUCCUCGGCCCAGAUUUGUGCCAAGUGUACCCUUGAAAUGCUGACUAAAGACUCGUCAUCAUCUCCCAACAGCCCUGGCGAGCGCAGUGAUAAGGUGUACACCUGCGCCGCCUGCCCUUUCCUCACACACUACCCAAACCACUUGGCACGCCACAUGAAAACUCACAGCGGCGAGAAACCCUACAAGUGCCCACAGUGCGACUACGCCUCAGCGCACUUCGACAACCUCAAGCGCCACCACAGAGUGCACACGGGCGAGAAACCUUACAAGUGCCAUUUGUGCGAUUACGCCUGCGGGAACCUGGCCAACCUGAAGCGCCACCAGCGCGUGCACUCGGGCGCAAAGCCCUUCCAGUGUGCCGUGUGCAGUUACUGCUGCAACCAGAGCAUGAACCUGAAGCGGCACAUGCUCCGGCACACGGGAGAGAAGCCGUACAAGUGUCAGGAGUGCGGCUACACCACCGGUCACUGGGACAAUUACAAGAGACAUCAGAAGAAACACGGCCUGGCCACGGACGGCUGGGUCAAAGUCCCAAUGACAGGCAACAAUGAAGAAGAGGGAGGAAGAAAAGGGAUGGGAGCUGACGUUCCAGCUCACAGAAAAGAAGCAGGUGUUGAUAUGCAGUACAUGUCGAGGGAGGGAGGUCAGACAAUACACUCGUGCUACAAACUUGAGAUUGUAUAAAAUAUAACUCAGCAAAACUAAGCUACCAGCAACUUGUUUUUUUUUCUUUUUCACAGAGCCUUUAUAUUGUUUUAGUGUGUGUCUGUCUUUUAGUGUUUUGUCAGAUGUCUUCGAAGGCUGCUAAUCGUUUAUUUGUAGAAUCUCGCACAAUUAUGAAACACAAUUGUUCUUUGUAUUUUGAUCCCUUUUUUGGGUUCAGUGUCUGUUCAGUUCGUCUUCUAGUCCGUGUCAAGACAAAUAGACUUUUUCCACUGUCUUAUUCUGUAUGUUACACCACACCAGAAUAAUUCAAACAUUCCCCUCUCAUGUUACAACACAUAUCUUCAUUCAAGGACAGGAAAUACUCAAAUUCUCCUCAAAACAUGUGCACAUUUAUGCCUGAACUGUUGAGCUGCACUGUGUAGUUUUUCGGGUUUCUUUUUUCUUUGAAAAAAGGGGCAAUUGCUAUUUUUAUCAAAGCUGUUAGUGUUAGACACAAGAGUCCUGCAUGGGUCUGACUUCCUUUUUUUUUUUUCUUCAUUAAUAUUUUGUCAAAAUUUUCAGCACCCACUUCACAACCAGCACAAGAUCACACAUAUGAUCCUACCAGAACCUUAAGUCCUAUAAUAACAACACUGCGCUCAAAUAAUUCCUUUAGGCAGCAUGUUUAGGAAUUUCAAACAUGUGAGACUAAGAUAUUAUAUUUUAUGAGACAGAUUGUUAGAUUUGGGGAGAUUUAGCGACAUCUAGCGGUGAGGACUGUAGAUUGUACAUCUGAAACUCAUCCAGGAAAGGAUUCCUAUUAGUAAGUAUUAUUUGUGCAGGAGGUUUUUACAGGGAGCCACAUUAUCCGCAGAAGGCUCUUAUCCUCCAUAAAAAAAGAAAGAACUGAGAGGGUGACUAAAACUGGUAAAAACUAAUAAAGCAGUUUUACCUUAUAAAUCAGUGUUCCUCCUUCACUGUUUGGCAUGUCAGAGAUGCGUCACUAGCCCAGCAUCUGCUGAUGUUUGCUCAUCUUUUUUUCCUGAUAACUUAAAGUAUGCUCACCUUGUUUCUGAUCCAGAUGUUCAAAGCAAAUUGACGUAGUUUUGAACCUGUAAAAACACAAGAGUGUCAGUGUCAGUGUUUUUUCAAUGCCGUGUGGUACGGCGAAAACACAUCCCUGCGGAUGUGUUUCUCCUUUUUCUCUGUUACCUUAAAAUCCAGACAUUCAGGAGGUUUUUACAGGAAGCUGAAAUAUCCACAGAGGUUUCUUCCCCUCCAAAACAAAAGGAUCCAGCGAUUUAAACCCAUUAAAGCACUGAAUAAAGCAGUUUUACUUGACAAAUCAGUGUUUUUCCAACACUCAUUGUAGAGGUGUUGAUAACUACAGAGGCCGAUGCAGAAACGCAAAUAGCCCUAUCCAGAGCCAGUGUUUAGUUUGUCCAUUCUGAGCUGCUGUAGACAUAUCGCAGUGCAACAUGGACCCACUCCUAAUGUAGAUAUAUAGGGCACAUUCUAAGGUAACAAAAGCAAAGCGAUUUUUAUUUUCCGAUGAUUAUAAGCUAAAGGAAGCAUGCUUAUUAUAUUUUAUUUAAUUUCUGCAAAAAUAUCUCCCUAGUUUUGAAAUGAAGAUAACACAGGAAAUACAAUUCAAAUGACUGUUUUUUGCUUAUUCUCAUGAUAUUAAGCCCCACAUCUCUACAGUUUACGUGUAUAUUAUUAACACAUCUGACUGAAGCUGCUCUCAAAAUCCAGAAGACAGCUGACACACAGUCAGCAGGUAAAGGCUUAAAAAUUUAAAAUGUUGAAUUGAAUUAUCAUCAAUCUCAUUUUAUUUGAAACUAUCAUCCAACACCUGCGAUCCAACCUGCAUAUUCUUUUUUUUUUUUUUUUUCGACCAGAACUGAACCGGUAAGUCAAAUUUAGCCAAAAAAAUCCGGCAAAUCACCUUUUUUGUGGGCAGCUCGACUUAAUGCAGGACUCUGAUCAUAAAUGUAUUGCCUAAUUGUUUUGUAUCAAAAAUCAACUUGAAUGUUUCUGAAAGCUGAUUACAUUUACCUUGGUUACCUUUGGUUUGCUUCUUGGUAUUUUUAGGGUUCAAAAAACAAGUCAUGGAAUUUAACAACCACAUUUUCCAGGCCUGGAAAAGUCAUGGAAACAGUCAAAAUCACUGAAAUUUUGAAAAAAAACAACUUGGGCAAGAAUUUAGUAUUAGUAUUAGUAUAGUAGGUCCUUGAAAAGUUGGGAAUUAAUCUUGAAAUUUUGUCUAUGAAAAUGUGUGGGAAGCCUGUAUUUUGACUACACAGUGCAGCUUUGAGUAAAGAUGGGUCCUUCUGAGGGCCAAUAUUGUGCUUUGUUUGCGUUGGGGCACAGGCUCUGCUAACAGCAUGCCUUCAGAUUAAUUUACUAAUGUACUACUAGCAAAGUGCUAUUUGAUAAUACUGGACUUGUUUUACCCUUGAGAAACUAUACUGAUUAUAGGUUCUUUAAACCUAACAACAUAAUCUCCCGUGUCUUCAACUGCGUUGUCUUCUUUUUGCCAAAACCCUCAGGAUUAGAAAAAGUGAUUUAAAAAAAUAAUUUUGUUUUUUUAAUACUACAAUUGCAUGUGCAAGCAUUUUAUAGGCCCUCUUCAGUCUUCACUUGGUUGUUUGGUUCAAGAAAAAGCACAAACAUACACGCACUGUUGCAUUUGGAAAGUUGUGGAGGAAAAAAAAAAAGUCUCUUAUGCGAUACAGGAGAAACAAACUGUAAACAAGCAUGUUCAAAAGGAUUUUCCCCCACGAACUUGUACUUGGUACAUAUCAUGAAUUUGUCAAUUUCUGGAACUUAAAUUUGUUUAUUUUGGGUCUUUUUGAUCACGUUUCUUUUAAUUACUGUUUACUAUUAACUGUGAAAUUAGCCCAUUCUCGUGUUUUUUACUUGAAAAAGAUGACACUAUUAGUAAGCAUGUGAGUGUGUAAUGGUUUUAUUUUUUUAACGUGGCUGUAAUACACUGCUAGAAGUGCAUACUUUAAUAUAUAGAUUUUUUUUUUUAGUUUUUGAAUGUGUGAUGUGUCAUUUAGAUCCAAUGGGAAUAAUAAUAGGGACUGUGAUUUAAUUUUACACUCUUCAUGAGUUACUAUUAUAUGCAAGUGAGAUAUUUUUUCAGGUUGCAGACUUGCCAUGACACAAUGGAGCAUUGAUUCGUACUGACAUCCCCCAAGUGUCCGUUUUUGUCUUCAUGCAGUGUCUCAUAAAUGCCUUAAAUGAGGAUUUUGAAAUAAACACAUGGAAGUCAUUUCAUUGAAUGUCA